CCUCUCUAUCUUGCACACUUGUUUAGAUACUCUAAAGAUCUCUUACUUAAAGAUUUAAUUUUGUAAAAAAAGAUUAUGGAGCAAAACAAUGCUCUUCUUACUUGGGCUUACUUCUCUCAUGGAAAGACAAUGGAAGAGCUAAGAGAGACUCUUGUCUACACGACAAUGGAGUUGGAACAAACGAAACUUGUAGCUCAAGAGGAACUAAGGAAGAGAGAUGAACAACUGAUCCAUCUCGAAGAUGUUUUAACCAAAACCCUCAAAGAAAGAGACGAAGCUCUCGAGAAAUGUCACAUUCUCUUGUUUCAACAGCAACAGAAGCAGAAGCAGAAUCAUAUCACUCCUCCUCUAUCAGGAGCUUCAAGCAUCGAAGAAGACGAGCAACUUCAGCAACAUCACCAUAGCUUCUCGUCUUCAGACACUGACGAAAGCAUCAUAAUGUUACCAUCAGUGAUUGAUCCGAACCAAACAGAGAUAAUGGCUACACUGUUGCUGGAAAAGCCACUGCCUGAAAAGGGAAGUCUCUUACAAGCUGUUCUCAAGGCAGGUCCAUUGCUUCAGACACUACUCUUAGCUGGUCCUUUGCCUCAAUGGCGCCACCCUCCGCCACCACUUGAGACCUCUGACAUCCCUCCGGUCACCGUCCCACCCCCUCAGUUUCAGAGCUCAGUUGGCUGUGGGAAUUCAAACAAGAGAAGAGCGUUCUCAAUCUCAGAUGGGUCUUAUCCAGAAACUAAGUACGAGAGAGUUUAGCACUGAUCUUUCUAUCCUUAUUCAACAAAAACAGUAAUAGUCUUUCUAAUAUACCAUAUACAGAUCACUUUAGUUUUAUAGUAUUAAUCUCAUUUGGGGUUUUAGUGAGAGUGGUUUUUUAGUCAGUUUAAGUAGGUAGAGUUUGAUUUUUUUUUUCUAUAUUUGUAGUGUGAAUCUGAUCCAUUUAGGGUUUAGAUCUUAGAGUAAUGAUGGGAAUGAAACUCCCCUGGUUUAAACUCAAACUCAACAAGAGUUUUUUUACCAAGUGAGAGAGUUUUUGCUUUUUGUUUUUGUUUUUGUUACUUAUUGAUUUUUGUUUCUGAACCCAAUUACACACAUCCAUGUUUUGGCUCCAUGUAUGUAAAUUUAUUGGGUUUUUUUUGUUUUUUGUUUGUUUUUACUUCUAUUUGUAUGAUAAAAA